GUGACAAACACAAGCUAAAGCAGCGUGUCAGACGCCGCGCCUUCUCCAGCUCCUCUGCUGAGGCGAACACAUCAACGCUCUUCAGAGUGCCGUGAGACUGAGUGCUGCGCUCGUCCAUGGGUAUCACGGAUUGCAGUGAGAAGAUGCCCCGGCCACCAAGCAAAGAGAUGUCACAGUUCCAGAAGCCCCUUCAUCUGCAGUGACCAGUCAUCUCCUGAUGACAAUGACGCUCUUCCUUUCUUUUUAAGUUACGGACACGGUGGAUCUUUGCCAGUUGACCCUCUAUCGUCUUCAUAAUGUCCACGUGGUCUGGGAUGUGCACAUAGCGGAUAUUUCUUCCAGUGAUGAACAGGUCCUGCAGCUGAGUGAGGCUCCCCUUCCGGUCACGGUAAAGCACCUCCUCAAGUCGUAUAUUCAUGAAUGCGUCCACGUUGACCACUCUGCCCCGUGCUGUGCUCUCAUUCCUCAGGUCCACCGUGGUCACUUCCCCCCGCAGGCCCUGCAGCAGCACCACCAUGCUGUUCUCUGCGAUGGUGCGCUCCCGGAUGGAGUUGAAAGUGUCUGCUUGGGCUGACAGCGGGUCCUCAGUACUCUCUGAAUCCAUGGCCUCAGCAACACCUGCAAAGCCGCCUCAAGUUUUCAGUGUUACCUUUUCCAUGCUGACUGCAUUCAGCCUCAUGAUGGAGACGUGCGCCAAACGACCCAGAAUGACUUUCAUUGUCCUGUGUGAAUACAUCUCCUGUGGUUUCAGGAGUUCAUCCAUGAAGGAAUUACUAAACAUGGUCCCUACAAUGUCGUUCAUCACUGUCAAAAGUUGUUCUUAGACGUGUUGUGAGCUUCCAGCCGUUGGUCCAGGAUAUAAAGCAUCUCACCUCCAAGACUAAUCAAAACUAGGGGAAGAGUUCUCAUUGACAUCCUGCAAAAUUAACAGUAAGCUCACAGAUCCUUAAUUUAUACAGACACAAUCUUUGGAGAUUUGGAUUGUGCUGGUAUUUUUGAAAACAUGUUCUCUGUAGCUCAUUGCAAUAGUUCCCAUGCUCUGAGGAUACCUCUGCAGGGAACACUAAGAUGCAACAGGUGGUCAGGAAGAGGAUCAGCCGUGGUCACGCUCAAGCUCAUUGGCCAGCAGGCAAUGACGAGAUAUCCUGGCUAUUGCCAACUGCUACACAGUGAGCCUGAAGUCACCUGGCACAAAGGCUAAAGCACUGUUAUACAUGUAUUAUAGAUGUAAAUUGGACCAGUCUACCUAAUUAAUUGUGUGAUAUGGGAAUUUACUCACUAGUUUUACUGUAUUACCCCUUCAAUGUUGAUAAGGAUAUAGGUUAACAUGGUAGACAUUGUGUGCACAUACAGUAUAUAGUACUGUAUGAAUAUUAGCUACCUUUUACUUGUUUGACUUAUACUUCGAUUCAGCGUAAAUUUACCCAUGAAACAUCUAAAUGCUAGUAAUAUAUCCCACACUCUGUCCAUAGUGUAGCGUACGUGUGUUAGACAGAGAAGACUACAGGUCCAACAUAAAUGACGUCAUAUAGGCGACAGAGCGGGAAGACGGGAUAACUUCCGGGAGGAACAGGCUGCACCCAGGAAGUGAGGAUGAACGUUCUCAUUACAAUAACACAUCUGUGGACAGCAAUCAGCGGCAAGACAGCAGUGUGAAGACUGAAUUCCCCUGCAUGGAGCUCAUCCUGCCCCGCCUGUGACACGAUGGAGACCACUGGAUGUACGCGACCUCCAGAUGAGCCGGACCCCCUUGAGGCCCAUAUGGACUUCUUCCAUAAACUGGGAUACUCCACAGCGCAGGUCACGGCUGUGCUGAAGAAGUUCGGCUCCAGCAUAGACACUGAUAAAGUUCUCGGCGAACUGGUUCAGAUGAGAGCUGACUCUCUGGCCAAGCAGGGGCCCGUCACCACCAUGUCUGUGCUGGUCACCAAAGGUGACACCCAGUAUGCUGACCCUACCAUCAUGCUGCCGCUUGCUUCUCAGAGCAAAGAGGACAGCGAUGAUGAAGAAGCACUGAGAGAUAUUGUCAUAGAUGGGAGUAAUGUGGCCAUGAGCCACGGGAACAAGGAAGUCUUCUCGUGCUUGGGUAUCCAGUUGGCCGUGGACUUCUUCUUGAAGCGGGGCCACACCAACAUCACUGUAUUUGUUCCCUCGUGGAGGAAAGAGCAACCUAGGCCAGAUGUUCCAAUCUCAGAUCAGAAGAUUCUCGAAGAUCUGGAGAAGAAGAAGCACCUGACGUUCACGCCUUCGCGUCGCGUGGGAGGCAAGCGGGUGGUCUGCAACGACGACUUCUUCAUCGUGAAAAUGGCCUACGAUGAAGAUGGCGUCAUCGUGUCCAACGACAUGUACCGCGACCUUCAGGCCGACAAGCCCGAGUGGAAGCGUUUCAUCGAGACGAGGCUGCUCAUGUACUCCUUUGUUAAUGACAAGUUCAUGGUUCCUGAUGAUCCACUUGGCCGCUAUGGUCCAAACCUGAAGAACUUCCUUCAGAGGUUUCCAAAGACGCAGAAAAAGCCUCCAUGCCCUUACGGAAGGAAAUGUACCUUUGGAUUGAAAUGUAAAUUUCACCAUCCUGAGCGGGCCAAUCAGUCCCCUCGCUUGCUGGCCGAUGCACUUCGAGAGAACACAAAGAAUUUCUCCUCCAUUGUUUCCAAAUCAUCAGACAGCAGUCCUGUUCCUAACCAGAGCUUCUUACUAGUAGAAGAAAUGGCAAAGAAAUUGACUGUGGGACUUGAGAAAGGAUCCUUUAAGAAAGGCACCCACUGCUCGAGGCAGAAGGCCUCCUCGCCUAAAAAGGAGAAGGCCAGUCUGGGCUCUUCUGAUCAUUGCUCUCUGAAGCAGCUUGAUUCUGGCAUAGGUUCUAUAGACGGCCAGUCAAUGGAGGCACCUCCGUAUGGAGCAACAUCAGGAAGCUACCAGCCUGUGCAGGAGUUCUCUGAAAGAAGAGCGCCAUGCCACUGUUGUCCUCAUGGCCCCGCCUCUUGGAGAUCGUUCCACCAGAGGCCAGUGCACCGCCACAGCUCUUGUGACAUCCUGCAUUCAGACUCACCUCAUUACGCCAGCUAUGGAGGCUACCCCGUUAGCAACACGGAUCAUUUCCAACAUGGCCACCUGGAGCACAUGUACUGGUCCGACCCAAUCAGGCCUCAUGCGCCCAUCUGCCGUUUCCCAUGCGAGCGCUCCCCGAGGGAGCCUUCUCGGAGUCAGGCAUUGGACCCCAACUUGGAGGAGAGGAACAUCAUGCGUAAAAAGCUCCUCGCGAUCUAUAGCGCCCACUUGGUGGACGCCGCCAUGGACAUGUUUCCACACGUGGUGGACCCUCAGAUGUUGGUUGCUGAGAUAGUCAUGAUGCAGAGUCACAAUAAGAUGAGAUAAGCUUGAGCUAAUCAGAGCUUUGUGUAUUAUGUAUUUGUCUUUAUGUUUUAUUAAUGCUUUGGAACAUGAAGCUAUGUGUUUCCUCAGUGAGUACUACAGUUGAUACAAAUUGUAUCCAAAUACAGUUUUUUACACGUUUGUCAAACUUAAAUGUUUAAGAUCAUCAAACAACUUUAAAUAUUAGUCAGUGACAACAGAAUUGAACACACAGUGCAGUUUAAAAUUGUACUGAAGUGCAGAAGAACUGGAGUCUGAGGCGGAGUGUCGAAUUCGGGAGAAAACUGUAUUUUUCUUGCAAACAUUAACUUGCACUCUUCGCUACGUGAGACAUGAAAGCCCCGUCUCGCAACCACAACAGGAAGAGGAAAAAACACCAUCCCUUGCGCCCAACCCCUCCCCUAUCGAUCGUUCCAGGGUGAAUUAUGUCCGGGUAACCUACCACUACAGUACUUAAUUAAGGGAGCAAAAAACCCAAACCCCCUAAACCUAAUUACCGGUCGACCAACCCUUAGGAGCAGGGACUGAAAUCAAACAUUUGCAAUCACUUGCAAUGAGUCUCUUACAGCGCUAUGGAGGAAUUUUGGCCCACUCGUCUUUGCAGAAUUGUUGCAAUUCAGUCACAAUGGAGGGAUUUCUAGCAUGAAGCGCCUUUUUAAGGUCAUGCCACAGCAUCUCAAUAGGAUUCAGGUCAGGACUUUGACUAGACUCCUAGACUAGACUAGACUAGACUUUGACUUUGCCACUCCAAAAUCCAAAGCAGAAGUCAUCCAGGUACUGAAGCAGCAAAACAGCCCCAGACCAUCACACUACCACCACCAUAUUUUACUGUUGCUAAGAAGUUAAACUUUUGUCUUGUUAUACUACAGAGUAUUUUCCGAAAGGUCUUGGGGAUCAUUAAGAUGUUUUAUGACAUAAAUUGGGACUAGCCUUAAUGUUAAUUUUGUUCAUCAGUGCAACUGUGCCAUGCAGACCUUUAUGUCAGCCUUAGUGUUAGAACCCCAUUAGUAUGUUGCAGAAGAGGAAAGAAAAAGCUUAUCCUGCAGAAACGUGCAAGCAAAUGAUUAAUUCUAAGUGUGAUACGGGCACUUUUAUUGCACACAGAGUGAAUAGCCAGUACAUCAGUGUCCCGCCUGGCAAGUACUGAGGGUGUCAGCCACAGCUUUAGUCACACCAAAUGUUUGGCUUGGCCUGAUGUAUUCCUCAGAUUCCUUUUUGAGCAUAACGCAAUGUCUGCACUGCCACUCACACAAUAUGCAAAUCAUUAUGGAAGGAGGACCUGCAUGUGCGCACAAGACAUUCUGUUCCUGACAGAGUGAUUGACUGUUUAAAUGUGCUUCUAUUCUUUUUCUGUGAUUGUUUACAUAUGUUACUGAGAUUCUUUUUUUUUUUUAAGUUAUAUUACAUGACAAACCUGUUAGCCUGUUGAAGAGUAAUUUAAAGCUUUAUUGUGCUUAAAUGUUUCCAGAUACACAUAUAUAUAUAUUUUGCUUUUAGUUUAGACUGAUAUUAUCUCAUCAUCAAUAAAAUUAAAGUUUGGAAACAUGUUGGAUUUGGAAUUUUAGCCCUUUGUACGUCAGCAGCGUUUGUUAGUGACGCCCCCUGCUGGACUAAUAUGGAACAUGUAGCUGCUCAUAAUGCUGUAUGAACAAUAAUAAUCAUCUAUUAACUAUGUGAGACAU